AUGGCCAUCAUUUCAGCAAUCCACAAGAUUCCGCAGCUUGUUUAUGGAUCAUUUUUGCCACUAAAAGGUGUGAAAAUGCUAUUUCCAUUUUUGUACCAGAUGGUCCCAAAUGAAGCCCAACAGCAUAUAGGAAUUGUGCGGUUACUCCAGCAUUUCAGAUGGACAUGGAUUGGGCUCUCGGCUGUGGAUGAUGAUAAAGGGGAAAGGUUUUUACAGACAAUUGUACCAAUGCUUUCCCAGAAUGGUAUCUGUUAUGACUUCAUAAUAAAAAUACCAAAAUGGAAUUAUGUAGAUGAAAUGAUAGAUUUGGUUUUAAAGCACUUGGGAAGUUAUACUAUUGUCUUUGAGAGAAAAGCCAAUGUAUUUUUGGUUUAUGGAGAACCUCCAUCCUUUCAGGUUUUGAGAAUGCUGUUGUUUCUAGCACCCUUCUUGGAAUUGCCACCUCUGGGUAAAAUGUGGAUUAUUACCUCCCACUGGGAUUUUGCAUCACUUUCUGUUCAGAAGAUCUGGGAUAUACAGACCUUUCAUGGCUCCAUAUCAUUCACAGUUCAUUCAAAACAGCCAUUGGGAUUCCAAAAAUUCAUUCAGAAGAUCAGACCUUCCUGGGCAAAAGGAGAUGGAUUUAUCCAGGAUUUCUGGGAACAGGCAUUCAGCUGCUCAUUGAAAAUGUCUAAGGGGCAGGAUGAGGAAAAGAAAACCUGCACUGGGGAGGAAAAGCUGGAGAGCCUUCCUGGAAUUUUGUUUGAAAUGAGCAUGACUGGCCACAGCUACAAUGUCUACAAUGCUGUCCAUGCCGUGGCACAUACUUUGCAUGCCCUAUACAAAUCCAGUUCCAAGCAGAGAAACGUGGUAGAGAGACUGGGUUUUCAGAAAGUGCAGCCAUGGCAGGUCCAUCACAUUUUAAGGAGCAUCUUAUUCAACAACAGUGCUGGAGACACUGUCCACUUUGAUGACAAUGGAGAAUUAGUGGCAGGUUUUGAUCUUACAAACUGGAUGAUUUUCCCCAAUGGCUCAGUGGUUAGGGUCAAAGUUGGAAGACUGGAACCUCAGGCCCCUCCAGGCAAAGAGUUAACCAUUCAUGACCAAAUUGUGUGGCACCAAAGCUUUAACCAGGUUCUGCCCCUUUCUGUUUGCAAUGACAACUGCUAUCCUGGCUACAGCAGGAAAAAGAAGGAGGGAGAGAAAUUUUGCUGCUAUGAUUGUGCUUCAUGUCCAGAAGGGAUGAUCUCUGGCAAGAAAGAUAUGGAUGUCUGUGUCAAAUGUCCGGAAGACCAGUAUCCUAACAAAGACCAAACCCAAUGCAUUCCCAAGGCUCUAAGCUACCUCUCUUACAAAGUAACUUUAGGGAUUGUUUUAGCUAUUUUGGCAAUUUCUCUCUCAUUGCUCACAACAUUAAUACUUGGAAUUUUCAUGAAGUACAAGGACACUCCCAUCGUCAAAGCCAAUAACCGGACCCUCACCUACAUCCUUCUCAUCUCCCUCCUCCUUUGUUUCCUCUGUGCCUUGCUUUUUAUUGGGCAGCCUGGAAAGGUGAUCUGCCUUUUCCGGCAAACAGCUUUUGGCAUCAUCUUCUCUGUGGCCCUUUCCUCUGUGUUGGCAAAAACCAUCACUGUGGUUCUGGCAUUCAUGGCAACCAAACCAGGUUCCAGUCUAAGGAAAUGGGUGGGAAAAGGACUGGCAAAUUAUGUUGUCCUCUCCUUCUCCUUUGUUCAAGCUGGAAUUUGUACUCUUUGGUUAAGUACGUCCCCUCCAUUCCCAGGUACAGAUAUGCACUCGAUGAAUGGUGAAAUCAUACUGGUAUGUAAUGAGGGUUCAGCUACCAUGUUUUACUGUGUCUUGGGUUAUAUGGGCUCCCUGGCUAUUGUCAGUUUCAUUGUAGCUUUCUUAGCCAGAAAAUUGCCUGACAGUUUCAACGAGGCCAAAUUUAUCACUUUCAGCAUGUUGGUGUUUUGCAGUGUUUGGUUGUCCUUUGUACCAACCUACCUGAGCACCAAAGGGAAAUACAUGGUGGCUGUGGAGAUCUUCUCCAUCUUAUGUUCUACUGCUGGAUUACUUGGUUGUAUCUUUUUCCCAAAAUGUUACAUUGUUAUGAGACCUGACCUGAACAACAGGGAUCAACUAAUGAGGAGGAAAAAAUGA